AUUUUACAGAGCAAAUCCAUUUGAGAGUGAUAGCUGGGAAUUGAUCGUUAGAUCAAUCCAAGAACACUGUUUUAGUUUUACAUAUUAAUCUAAUUUUUCUAAUUUUGUGCAUAUGUUUUCCCUUUUGUCAAUCUUAAACAGUUCUGUGAUGUUCAUUUCAUGUUCUUUUGCCUUAAGGUUUGGUAUGAUUGUAAAGUAAUCAAUCUUGUUUUUUUGACUUUGCAUAGCCUCCUCCUCGGCUACAGUGAAUAGAUGUGGCUCAUUUAUUAGUUGAUGAUAAAAUAUGAAAGUAAAAAAAGAUCCCUUGUUGUCUUGCAGUAUAGAGAUAAGACCCUUUUAAUAUUCUUUUCCUUAAAAAGAUUAUUUCUUUGUUCUCUGUUUAGUUACUUCAAGUUUGAAAAUAAGUGACUAAACAAUGUUAUCGCUUAUCUGAUCAACGUUCUUAAUCAAGGACUCAUCUGAUAACUGAGAAUAUAUUAUACUUUAAUCCCAUUUCCAGCUUCACUUUCCUUUUCUUUUUUUCUUUGCUAAGAGUUUGCUUACACACCCUUAGUAUCUAGUUUGCUUGUAUUGAUAAGACCAUGCACUUCCGGUUCCAAAUAAACUUGCUAUAAGUUAUUAAGUAUUCAAUUUGGUGGGUUUUCAUAGCAUGCUUUUUUGACCUGAGGUGCCUAUUAGAUGUGAGAUUUAAGAAUUUCAUCCAAAACCAAAGGAGCAUUCUUCUCUAUUCUUUUUUUCCUCAUUUUAUUUAUUUAUUUAUUUCUUGGGGGGUACUUAUACUACUAUGGAGUGAUCAGAAUUUGGAACUUGCAGGUAUCAAAUUGAGACAAGCUGCUACUUCUUUCUUCUGAGUAGCUAGCUUACAAAAUGGCUUCAAAUGCAACAGUAAAAUGCCCAGCACCUAUGAAAGCCACCUCAAAUGGAGUGUUCCAAGGGGAUGAUCCUCUCGAUUUUGCGCUUCCCCUUUUGAUCAUACAGAUAUGCUUAGUAGUCGUUCUAACUCGGCUGCUGGCCUAUCUUCUCAGGCCAUUAAGACAGCCACGGGUCAUUGCAGAGAUUAUCGGUGGAAUCCUACUCGGCCCAUCAGCCCUCGGCCGCAACAAGAAAUACCUCCACGCCAUUUUCCCGCCAAAAAGCCUCACCGUCUUGGACACUCUAGCCAACCUCGGCCUCCUCUUCUUCCUCUUCCUCGUCGGGCUCGAGCUCGACCCGAAAUCCCUCCGCCGAACGGGUAAAAAAGCCGUCGCCAUCGCCCUCGCCGGAAUCAGCCUCCCUUUCGCCUUAGGAAUCGGGACUUCCUUCGUACUCCGGGCCACCAUAUCCCAAAACGUUGCCCAAGGCCCGUUUCUCAUCUUCAUGGGUGUGGCCCUCUCCAUAACAGCCUUCCCUGUCCUGGCCCGAAUCCUAGCCGAGCUCAAACUCCUUACAACCGACGUGGGCCGCAUGGCUAUGUCAGCAGCCGCCGUGAAUGAUGUGGCGGCAUGGAUCCUCCUCGCGCUCGCCGUGGCCCUUUCGGGCUCUGACUCGGGCCGGAGCCCGAUCGUCUCCCUUUGGGUCUUUCUGAGCGGGCUCGGGUUUUUAACCGCGUUUACCUUCGUGGGCCCACCCAUUUUCCGGUGGGUCGCGCGGAGGUGCCCGCAGGGCGAGCCCGUGGAUGAGAUUUACGUGUGUUUGACUUUAGCGGCCGUUUUGGCGGCGGGGUUUUUGACCGACGCGAUUGGGAUACACGCGCUUUUCGGGGCGUUUGUGCUUGGUGUACUUGUACCGAAGGAAGGGGGGGCUUUUGCUGGGGCCCUCGUGGAGAAAGUGGAGGAUCUCGUCUCGGGACUUUUUCUACCUUUGUACUUUGUGUCGAGCGGGCUGAAGACGAACGUGGCCACUAUCGAGGGGGCGCAGUCGUGGGGCCUAUUCGUGCUCGUCGUGUUCACCGCGUGUUUCGGGAAGAUUGUCGGCACUGUUUUGGUGUCUCGUUUCAGUGGGAUCCCGUUUGUCGAGGCCGUGACGUUAGGUUUCUUGAUGAACACGAAAGGUCUCGUCGAGCUCAUCGUCCUCAAUAUCGGGAAAGACCGAGGGGUUUUGAAUGAUCAAACUUUCGCCAUCAUGGUUCUAAUGGCUCUCUUCACGACGUUCAUCACAACUCCUACCGUAAUGGCCGUGUACAAACCGGCCGCCAUGGCAAAACGAGAGUACAAGCACCGAACCAUCCAGAGAAAAGACCCGAACACACAGCUCCAAAUGCUGACGUGUUUCCACAGCACGAGAAACAUCCCGAGUUUAAUAAACCUCAUGGAGGCCUCUCGUGGGACCGGUAAAAAAGGCGGGCUCCGCGUAUACGCCAUGCACUUGAUGGAGCUCUCCGAGAGAUCUUCCGCCAUAUUAAUGGUCCACAAGGCCCGAAAAAACGGGCUUCCCUUCUGGAACAACAACAAUAAUAAUAAUAAUAAUGGGGACUCGAACCAAAUCGUGGUGGCGUUCGAAGCUUUCCAGCACCUCAGCCACGUCACGGUUCGUCCCACGACGGCCAUCUCGCCUAUGUCGAGCAUGCACGAGGAUAUAUGCUCGGGAGCCGACCGAAAACGAGUUGCCAUUAUUAUCCUUCCGUUUCACAAGCACCAGGGGCUCGACGGGCGGUUCGAAACGACCCGAGCUGACCUGAGGCUCGUGAACCGGAAGGUUCUCGAGCAGGCACCGUGCUCGGUCGGGAUACUUGUCGACCGAGGGCUUGGAGGCUCGGCUCACGUCUCGGCUAGCAACGUUGAUUACACGGUCACAGUUUUGUUCUUUGGUGGGGCUGACGAUAGGGAAGCGCUUUCGUAUGGGGCACUUAUGGCCGAGCACACGGGCAUUCGUCUGAAUGUUGUUCGUUUUGUGGGCCGGCCCGAAAGCGGCAGCGGCGGCGGCCCACCGGAGGAGGAUGAGGAUUUUCUCGUGGAUUUUAAGGUUAGGGUGUCUGAAAAUGGGUCGGUGGGGUACGAAGAGGUUGGUGAUAAUCGGGGUGUGGUGGAUGUGAUUCGGGAAAAUGUUCGUUGUAACUUGUUUGUGGUCGGGAGGAUGCCGGAGGGUGAGGUGGCGGCGGGAUUGGAUAAGAAUGGGGAGUGCCCAGAGCUGGGGCCCGCCGGAAAUUUGCUGAUUUCGCCGGAGUUGAGGACGAGUGCUUCGGUUCUGGUGGUGCAGCAGUACAGGAGCCGGUUGACUGGGGAUUCGCUGGCGUCAACUUUCUAUAAAUAG